AAGUAGGAAAGGAAGAAGAACGCAAGUGGCCGGCUCCCUCCAGCAGCAGAUCAGCAUCUGAUGAAUUUUUUCUUCUUCAUGUAAGACUAAGGUAACAAAACCAUCUAGCAGCACUUCCUGUUUAUUUGGACACAUAAACAGGCUCUAACCCUACAACCAUCACAACCACCAUGUUGACCGAUAAACAAGAAGCGGCAGCUAACACUGGGCAACCGAAGGGGGACCCCGUGAGUCGACUUCUGUCCAGGCGUGCCCUCAUCUUCUUUCUCCUCGCACUCUCUGGUCUCAUCUUCCUGUUGCGCAACAUUCUCACUCUGGAGAACACCGCGUCUAUGCAUUUUCAGCCCCAGAACAGCAGCCACCCUGCCUUAGCCCAGAAGGGACCCCUCCCUCCGUACAAGAACCACACCAUCUGCAGCCACCUGGAGCCCACCCCCGACGAAGCCCUGGAGGACCGCGCCCUCCUCGACGCCAUCGUCUGGCCCAAGCCCCCCGCCCCCACGUCCCUCAACCAGACCAGUGACCCCGUCCACAGCCUGUUCGCCAUUCUGCCCUCCAAGGGCGGGAGGGAGCGGCGUGUGGGGGACCAGCUUGAGGCCCUGGUCCAGAUGCAGGACUUCCAGGGCCGUCCCAAGCACUACGGGGGGGACUUCCUGGUGGCACGGCUGCACUCCCCGAAGCUGGGGGCAGGAGUGGCGGGCACGGUGGUUGACCACCUCAACGGCUCCUACUCUGCGCUGUUCCCCCUGCUGUGGGAGGGUCCGGCCCAGGUGACGAUCACCAUGGUGCACUCCAGCGAGGCGGUGGCCGUGCUGCAGCGGCUCCGGGAGCAGCGGUCCGACCGCUUCUUCUUCCGGAGUCUGUUUCGCUCGGGCAAGCUGUCUGAGAACACCGUGUGCAACAUGUGCCUGCCGCACAAUCGGCCGCAGGAGCCGCUGUGCAACUACACAGACCUCCACACCGGGGAGCCCUGGUACUGCAUGAAGCCCAAGCGGCUGAGCUGUGACACCAGGAUCAACCAUUUCAAGGGAGGCUACAAGAAGGACCUCGUCACCAACAAAGAAGCGCUGCUCUUUCAGAGCCGUGUAAACAUCAAAGUUGUCAUCCAUGCGUCAGGACCUGAUCGGAUAGAUGUACUUCCAAAGAAGAUAGAUGACCCAGAGUUACGAAACCGCAGCAUCGAGCCAGGGCCGGUCCAGUACAAUCCUUCUGGGUAUUACUACAAAGGCUCCUGGAGGUUAUUCGAUGGAACACCUGUUCGCCAGUUUGACGCCAAAUCGAUCACCCAGUGCCUGACUGGCAAGGUGAUGAAUAUGUACGGAGACUCCACGAUGAGGCAGUGGUUUGAGUACCUCAGAGCGUUUGUACCAGAGUUCAACCUGCGCAGCACAUCGACGGCAGGGCCCUUCAUGGCGGUGGACUGUCAACACAACAUCCUGUUGAAUUACCGCUGUCACAACGUACCCAUCGGCUUCCCCACCAUCAUCGCCAGCGAGCUCCGCUACGUGGCCAACGAGCUGGACCGCUUGCCUGGAGGCCCCAACACCGUGGUGGCCCUCAGCCUCUGGGCCCACUUCAGCCCCUACCCCGUGGAGGUAUACAUACGCCGCAUGCGGCACAUCCGCCGGGCGCUGGAACGGCUCCUGGUCCGGGGCCCCGGCACCCUGGUGAUCAUCCGCUCACCUAACUUAAGGGCCCUGGACAAGGAGUACAGCCUGAACCACAGCGACUGGUUCUCGCUGCAGCUCGGCAGGGUUCUCAGGAACAUGUUCAUGGGCCUGGCUGUUGUGUUUGUGGACGCCUGGGAGAUGACCUUAGCCCAUCAUAGCCCCCACAAUAUCCACCCGCCCCCGGACAUCAUCAAGAACACGAUCAGUCUCAUCCUGACUCAGGUGUGUCCUGCAAAGAAGAGCUAGUGGAAGAAAGGGAGAAAAGUUGGAAGAGGCGUGCCGUCCAAGUGCUUGGAACAUCGUUGGGUUAUCCUGAUUCUCUUGCCAUGAGCAAGUUACUUGUUACUCUUACUUUUUACAAAGGGGUAUUUUUUUUUGAUACGAGGAGCUUUGCAUAAAGAGGCCUUUAUGUAAAGCCCCUUGUACUGGAUUCCAAUAGACUUGAUUGUGGAGCAACUAGGCCUGCCUCUACCAAUCAGCUCAUCCCCCUUAUCAGUUCCCAUCAAAGGGAAACGGUUGGGCAAGGCCUCCCUUUGAUGGGAACUGAUAAGGGGGAUGAGCUGAUUGGUAGAGGCAGGCCUACCUGCUCUCUCUAAUCGCUCUCUCUCUCUUUGGUCUGCCGAUGAUAACCCUGCUUGUUCUGAAUUACUAGCUUAUUUGUUAACUUAAAUAUGUAUAUAUAUAUAUUAGAGCUGUCCGUUAAACGCGUUAUUAACGGCGUUAACGCAAACCAAAUUUAACGGCGUUAGAAAUUUUAUCGCGCGAUUAACGCAAUUAUUUUAUAAACA